AUGCGAGGGCCACCGCACUUGCCGGAGAUGGCGCAAGACGGGGAUCUUGUCAUUGGAGGGAUUUUUUCAUUCCGCACAGGGCAAGAUUAUGCAGUUAAUACAUUUCAAGCCAUUCCAGAGGUGCGGCCAUGUAAAAACUUCAACUUUAGAGAAUUUAAAUUUGCUCAGACGAUGAUAUUCGCCAUCAAUGAGAUCAACCAAAACCCUGAAAUCCUUCCUCGCAUCAAGCUGGGUUACAGGAUCUAUGACGACUGUGGGACCAUGGACAUUCUGAGAGCUGCACUGGCUUUGGUGGGUGGCAUAGAAAGAAAUUUCAGCGAUGAAAACUGUACAAAAAUUGAGACGGUGCAAGCUAUCCUGGGACAUUCGGGAUCCAGACCGACCAUCGCAUUUGCACCGGUUGUAGGACGUUUCCAUGUUCCGGUGCUAAGCCAUUUUGCCACUUGUGCCUGUCUCAGCAACAGAAAAGAGUAUCCAACCUUUUUCAGAACCAUUCCCAGUGACUACUACCAGAGUCAAGCCCUGGCAAAGUUGGUCAAGCACCUGGGCUGGACCUGGAUCGGAGUCAUAGCCGUGGAUAAUGAAUAUGGCCUCAAUGGCAUUGCUGCAUUCAUCCAGGCUUCACAAGAAUACGAAGUCUGCAUCGAGUUUUCGGAUGCCUUCUCAUCCUCUGGUCCCCCUGAAGACCUGCAGAGGAUAUCAUCCAAAAUCCAAAGUGCUUCUUCCAAAGUAAUAAUGGCCUUCAUGUCUCACAGAGAAAUUAAGUUGUUGGCAAAGGAGCUGUACAAGCAGAACGUUACAGGUCUGCAGUGGGUCGGCAGUGACGCCUGGAUUACGGACCACUCCCUGACAGACAGCGAGGGGCACGACAUCCUCGUGGGCUCGUUGGGCUUCGCCAUUAGCAGGGCUCGGAUCCCCGGGCUGGAGCAACACCUGAGGGGGCUGCACCCUUCGAUGUUCCCUCAUAGCCAAUUUGUGCGAGACUUCUGGGAGAAUGUGUUCAACUGCACCCUGAAAGCAACCACAAUGGGGGGACAGAAGCCCUGCAGCGGCCUCGAGAGCUUGCGAGAUGUCGAGUCACAAUUCACAGAUGUGUCCGAGCUGAGGUUUACUAACAAUGUCUACAAGUCCGUUUACUCGGUGGCCCAUGCUCUCGACGCCUUACUCAAGUGUGGAGAAGUGAGCGCGCUCCAUUCCAAUAGGAGUUGUGCUACUAGUGCACAUACUGAGCCAUGGCAGGUCCUGCACUAUCUCAACUCGGUGAACUUCACCACUCCGGCGGGGGAGAGAGUAUAUUUUGACAGUAAUGGUGACUCUCCAGCCAGAUACGAACUGGUCAACUUGCAGAUGACGAACAGAGGCACAAUGGAGGGAGUGACGGUGGGCAUUUAUGACGCUUCCCAGGUGGACAGCAAUCAGUUCAUCAUGAGUAACAUUCCUGUGGUGUGGGGUAAUGGAAGCUCCGAGGUGCCCAUAUCAGUGUGCAGUGAGAGUUGCCCCCCGGGAAACCGCAAGGUCCUCCAGAAAGGACGUCCACCGUGUUGCUACGACUGCAUCAGGUGCCCCGCAGGAGAAAUCAGUAACUCGACAGAUUCGAUACACUGUAUGAAAUGCUCACCAGAGUUCUGGUCCAACAAACACAGAGACGCCUGCACGCCAAAAGAAAUUGAGUUUCUGAACUAUGGAGAAAUUCUGGGAACUCUUUUAGCCUUGUUCUCUUUACUAGGAGUGUUCCUGAGCACAAUGACAACGAUAGUCUUUUACUGCCACAAAGAAACUCCUCUGGUCCGAGCGAACAACUCUGAGCUGAGCUUCCUGUUACUCUUCUCCUUAACCAUGUGCUUCCUGUGCUCUCUGACCUUCAUCGGCCGCCCAACCCAGUGGUCGUGUAUGCUGCGGCACACGGCCUUCGGGAUUACCUUUGUGCUCUGCAUCUCCUGCGUUCUGGGUAAAACCGUAUUGGUCUUGGUGGCCUUUAAAGCCUCCCUGCCAGGCAGUUACCUCAUGAAGUACUUCGGACCAAUGCAGCAGAGACUCUGCGUGGUGGCGUUCACGCUAAUUCAGGUGAUCAUCUGCAUACUUUGGCUCACCAUCAGCCCUCCUUUUCCAUUUAAGAACAUGUUACUCUACCAAGACAGAAUCAUCUUAGAGUGUCAACUGGGCUCUGCUCUUGGUUUCUGGGCCGUGUUGGGGUACAUAGCAGUCCUGGCCGUUUUCUGCUUCGUCAUCGCUUUUCUAGCUCGAAAGCUGCCUGAUAAUUUCAAUGAAGCUAAAUUGAUCACUUUCAGCAUGUUGAUAUUCUGUGCAGUUUGGUUUGCAUUUAUACCAGCUUACAUUAGCUCUCCGGGAAAAUUCACCGUGGCUGUGGAGAUAUUUGCUAUCCUGGCCAGCAGUUACGGACUUCUUUUUUGCAUUUUUAUGCCCAAGUGCUUCAUCAUACUGUUUAGGCCCGAGAAGAACACUAAGAAACACAUUAUGGGAAAGUCAAAUAAUCAAAUACGUUAA